AUGUCGAAACAGAAGAAUCAACCAAUGAUGAAAGUUUCUUUUAAAGUAGACGUAACCACAAAUGGAUCUCAUAAUGGUCUCCUGAUAACGACGGGUAUUCAAAAUGGAACGACCAGUAAAAUUCAAAGCUUUGGUUUUGCUGGAGCGCCACGAAUAGAAGAGAUUCAGAGUUUGGCUGGGUCUACCAUGUCUUUACCGGUACGUUCUCUGGCUUUUUGACCAUUAUUUAAUGGAUUUUGUAAGAAAUUGUGAAUUUAAAAAGCUAUUAUUAAACCUUAUCAUUUUCUAUAAAAAACCCAUUUUCAGAACGCAAUAACAGCCCGACCCCAAUCCUCAUCAGUCGGUGAUGUUAGCUAUGAACAGAAUGAACGCAGCAACAGUAGAAGUUAUGUCAAGUCAACAACACCAACCCAAUUAUCAACUUCUGUAAAUGUUAUUGAUGACCUCACUAGUCGAGAUUUUAAAUUGAAUACAUUUGAAAAACCACAAGAAUACGUACUGAAGGAUACGAACACUACCACAACUACAGUAGAAGUUUUUAGAGCGACAAACGAAGACAAUACAGACUUUUAUCAACUACCACCUCAACCUAAAGAUGAACAACAAAGAUUUACUUAUGUUCCGGCUAGAGGGCCUCCUUAUGAAAGGUUUGAAACGUAAGUAAGAAGAUAAUAAUAACGGCUAGUAUCCUUCUUUUAAAGUUUAUCCAUCCAAUGUUUAACAACAAGCAUAUCAUUCCUCCCCUAUACUAUCACAAGGUCAAAAUUAUCAGGGCAAACCUUGUAGUAACACACAGAAGCCUCAUAGUAACACUUAGAAACCAAAAAUAUAAAUUUUGUUUCAGAGCGGAAACAAAGUUCCCAUCACGAGCUGGUCGAAGUGUUAGUCCAGGAAAAACCGUUCAAUGGAAUGAGAAUCCAGAAAUCUUCGAAAUGAACUCAAAUUACAGUGAUCGAACGGAGAAAACGAUACGAGAAGAAGAGAAGAUAACUAGAACAAUAUCUCCAUCAGUGUAAGAUUUUAUAUGGAAUUUGUUACCUAAAAAGGUUUUCUUAUACUUUGAACAUUACAAAGACACCAUUUAUAAUAUUGAGGUAAUGAAAAACGUAUAUUUAUACUCCAACAAUAAAAAAGGGCAAAUUGAAAGUCUAUAUCAGAUGUAUGAAAGCCUUAAACCAUCUAUGAAAAGCCAUUUUAAGCUAAAACAAUACCAGAAAAACUAAAACUUUACUUUUCCAGGCCAUACACAGUGACUUCACCAACCCCAACAACCUCCACUCAAGUCGAAAUCCAUCGAACAUCCUCAAAAUACGACUCGACUGCCACAAUAACCCCACCAAAAGUAUACACCGAAGUCUCUACAAGUAAUGUACAGCCGUUGUACCCAAUCGAAAAUAGUGGAAUUGGCUUAAGGUAAUUUUAUGUGUAAUAUCCAGCUUUUAUUCAUUGAAAUUUCAGUGUGAUAUAACCUCAGAUUGGAAAGAUUUUAGUUUUUUUAAACUACCCUGAUAAAGAUCAAAAAUUGAUCCCAUAAAACAUAACUUAUUACCUCUUUCUUCAGCCAUACCGAGCCAAAAACCGAAUUGGACGAAGAUGGAUAUGCCACAUUAAACAGAGGUAGCCAAACCAAUCUAUCUGACCUUUAUGCUCCUAUAUUACACUAUGCAGAUCCAGAAGAUCAAGCAGCUCACUCUUCAAGAAUCAAAUCAGAAAACCCUUACGUUACGCCUAGAAUUAGUCGACCACGAUACCCUCAAAAUCGAUCACAAAAUGCACAAAAUCAAUCACAAUAUCCUCAAAAUCGACCAGUGUCAAGUGAAUACCGACCAUCAAGCAGAAAUGUGCCAAUUCAAUAUCAAGGUAGACCGUCAGACCAAACCAUCAACACAAAUUACGGCUCAAGUAGACCAUACGAUGGAGGAGAUUGGCGUGGUUACACAACUCAACCAAACAACUCGAAUUUAGUUAGCCGAGGGACAAAUCCAAUCCAACAUCCGUCCGAGCUAAAAUAUUCACCUUCAUACCUAAAACACAAUUUACAACCGUUAAAUCAACCUCUUUUACAACCAACACCAUCACAAAAACUUGACCAACAACAAUAUAAACCAUCACAAAGACCUAAUCAACAACAACAUACAACAUCACGACAGUUUGAUCAACGAAUAUCACAAAGACCCGACCUACAACAAUAUACACCAUCACAACAUCAACCUCGCUCGCUCCAUCGAACAAAACGGGCCUUUUCCGCCAGUCCAGACUAUAUUAUACCAAGCAAUCAACACAGAAGAGUAGAUAAUCAACAAGAAAUACCUCAUGAAAGGCAAAGCAGACGAAGGAGAAACGAAAAGCAAGAAGUUUUGAGAGAAUGGGAACGAGAAUUGAGUCGAUCACCAAGUCCUUGGAGGUAAAAACGUUUGCAAAUAGUUUUAAAACAUGUAGAAUAUAUUUUAAAAAGUGAAAAAAGUCAAAAUCAAGCGAAGUAACUUUGUUUCCACAAAGAAAAAACGAAGAAAAGCCAUUUUUAAGCCAAAUCUAUUCCAAUUCUCGAAACCGCGUAUAACUUGUCACCGCGCGGACCGCGCCCAGCAAAAUAACGUUAAUUUUGCCUGUUAUGUCUGAAUAGACCAGAAGCACGCCACGAAAAAUGUGGAAAUAGGUUUGGCAUUCUGCGCCUAAAAAAAUUACUUUUUUCAUGCGCAGUUUGGGCGCAAACGGGUGUUAUACGACCAAAUGUGGUCGUCAAAAAUUUUUGUUUAUUACAUUAAACACAGUAAAUUGUAUUACUUGUUUUGUCUGAUGUUGUUCCUUCUCUAUUACAACAUCUUUUUGCUUAAAAAACACUUAGUGACAUUUUAUUUUUGUUAAAUGUCUUUCCUUCGAUACAUGAAACACUUUGAUGUAUGUCGACCGAAAGGAAUAAUAUUUGACUGCAAUCUUCCCUAAAGUUUGCAUUAGCAGUCGUGAAAUAGUCUAAUCUAUCUAGUUUAACUCAUGUCUGAAUAGACCAGAAGCACGCCACGAAAAAUGUGGAAAUAGGUUUGGCAUUCUGCGCCUAAAAAAAUUACUUUUUUCAUGCGCAGUUUGGGCGCAAACGGGUGUUAUACGACCAAAUGUGGUCGUCAAAAAUUUUUGUUUAUUACAUUAAACACAGUAAAUUGUAUUACUUGUUUUGUCUGAUGUUGUUCCUUCUCUAUUACAACAUCUUUUUGCUUAAAAAACACUUAGUGACAUUUUAUUUUUGUUAAAUGUCUUUCCUUCGAUACAUGAAACACUUUGAUGUAUGUCGACCGAAAGGAAUAAUAUUUGACUGCAAUCUUCCCUAAAGUUUGCAUUAGCAGUCGUGAAAUAGUCUAAUCUAUCUAGUUUAACUCAGUUACCGCAUGGCUAACUUUUGUUUGAAAGAUACUUCAGACUUUUCAUUACCACUUCACCUGGAUCACUCAAAUGAGACUCAUCAGGACCUACAGAAUCCAUUUCAAAACUGUUUUUUGUUCUUUACUGCCUCUACACUCGUCUUCAACUCCUAAACACAAAACAAACAGGAACUAUUGACAUACCUUUAAAAUUUUUGAAGUUGAUGUUAUGAUAGUCUAAAUCAGGUGACGUUGGGCCGAUUUGGCAAACUGCUGUGAAGAUUUUGCUCCAUAUGGCCUACAAUUUCCAUAAAUACAUCAUUUCGUAGCGUUGGCAGAAAAUUCCAGCUUUUUACAAUCCAGCAAGCCGCUGUUCUCGUUAAUUCUCCAACAUAUUGAUGUAUCCUGACACAAAAAAUUUAAGUGUGACCGUAACUUUUUCCAAUUUUUUCACUAAAAGUUUCGAAAUUAUCUAAUUGACCUAAUCCAACACAGUCUUGUCUCAAUCAACUCUUACUGGAGAGAUAACUUACUUUUUGUAAUACCACAUUAGCUGCAUCACUCCCAUUUUCCUCUUCAAAACUAGCGGAUUCCACGUAAAAAAGCUAUAACUCAUUUUUAUAAGGUAAAAAAAUGUCCAGAGAAAAUUAAAAAGUAAAAAUAAGCCUUGUACAUAUCGAAUUAACACGAAAUUUAUCCUUUUUCGCAAUAUAAAACAAUAUUGCGAAAAAAAUAUUUUAUUUAUUUAUUUUUGCCGCAAAUUGGGCGCAGCUUGCCAUUGCUAUUUCCAUUUUCCUUAUAUACUUUUCGUGGCGUGCCAGAAGUAAAAAAAUACGAAAUAAAAUGAAAAAAAAUUUUAAUUUUUUAAUAUUCAAAAUUUAAAAUUUUUAAACAUUCAUUUUCAGGCCAUAUACACCAGAAAAAGUGCCAGAUCGUUACCGAUCCUUAUCCCGAGAGCCAUAUCGACUGUACGAAACUCGGGAUUGUUUAGGGAGGGUUGUUGGUCAAUUGUGA